CUAAAACUGUCCGCAGGUGUUUCUUUCGGAUAAAGAAGUUUGGCUAAGGAGCGAAAUGGCAUCAUGUAGCUCGUAUAAACUCAGGUGCUCCAUUCCGGGCCACGAAAUGGACGUUAGAGGUCUGACAGCUGCUGUUUUCCCAGAGGGAGCCUUUGUAUCUGUGUCUAGAGACCGAACAGGAAGAGUCUGGGUCCCGAACACAAGCCUAGGUACAGACUUCACAGAGAUGCAUUGUAUGUCUGGACACUCCAAUUUCGUAUCCUGUGUGUGCAUCAUUGGGCCCAGCGAAACAUACCCACGGGGACUUAUUGCCACGGGUGGAAAUGACAAUAAUAUUUGCAUUUUCUCGCUUGACCAACCACAGCCACUGUUCAUUCUCAGAGGUCACAAAAAUACAGUUUGCAGUCUGUCCUCUGGGAAGUUUGGCACACUUUUGAGCGGAUCAUGGGACACGACAGCCAAAGUGUGGCUCAAAGACAAAUGCAUGAUGACCUUGCAGGGCCACUCUGCAGCAGUAUGGGCUGUCGUAAUCUUACCCGAACAAGGUCUAAUGCUGUCUGGAUCGGCAGAUAAGACAAUAAAGCUUUGGAAAGCCGGGCGAUGUGAGAAGACUUUUACAGGUCACGAGGACUGUGUCCGAGGGUUAGCAGUAAUCAGCAGAACUGAGUUCUUCUCUUGCAGCAAUGACACUAGUAUAAGAAGGUGGAUGCUGACGGGUGAAUGUGUCCAAGUCUAUCACAGCCACACCAGUUACAUAUACAGCAUAGCCGUCUUCCCGAACAGCCGAGAUUUCAUAAGCACUGGAGAGGACCGGACACUGAGGAUAUGGAGAAACGGUGAAUGUUCUCAGACCAUCCGCCUGCCUUCUCAGUCUGUGUGGUGCUGCUGUAUUCUGCAGAAUGGGGACAUAGCUGUUGGUGCAAGUGAUGGUAUCAUCCGUGUGUUUACUGAAGCCGAGGACCGCACGGCCAAUGCAGAAGACAUACAGGCUUUUGAGGACGAGCUCUCCAAAGCCACGAUCGAUCCCAAGACUGGCGACCUCGGAGACAUCAAAAUCGAAGACCUGCCUGGAAGAGAACACCUUAACGAGCCUGGAAAUCGUGAUGGACAGACACGUAUGAUUAAAAAUGGGCAGAAUGUGGAAGCGUACCAAUGGAGUGUCAGCGACGACCGGUGGGUGAAAAUAGGUGACGUUGUUAGCGGCUCAAACCAACAGACAUCCAAAAAUGUGAUGUUUGAAGGCAAGGAGUAUGACUACGUCUUCACCAUCGACGUGAAUGAGGGAGGGCCGUCCAUGAAGCUGCCUUACAAUGUGUCCGACGACCCCUGGUUGACAGCGCACAACUUCCUGCAGAAGAACGACCUCAGUCCGAUGUUCCUCGACCAGGUGGCCAAUUUUAUCAUUGAGAACAGUAAAGGCCAUGUGUUGGGACCCGCCCAGCGGACCAGCAUUGAUCCAUUCACUGGGUCGGCUCGGUACAUCCCUGGGUCCUCCGAUAAUGGCCCAGGCUCUGCAGAGGAUCCCUUCACGGGUUCAGGUCGCUACAUCCCUGGAUCAGGUUUGAAGCCAGCAACUUCUGUAGGUGUGGCGGAUCCAUUUACAGGUGGAGGUGCCUACUCUUCAGCAGCCAUCAAGAAGACAAACAUUUACUUCCCAAAGACUGACGGUGUGACAUUUGAACAAGCCAGUGCUUCACAGAUCAUCGCCAAGCUGAAGGAGUUGAAUGGAGGAGCUCCACAGGAGCACAAGCUCUCUGAGGACAUCGUGGAUUGCCUGGAGAAGCUGCUUUUGUGUGUCUGUGGGUCCCAAAACUCAGAGCAUCCGCCAACUAUCCAACAGAUCGCUCUCCUGUGGAAAGCGUCUCACUGGCCUGAAGAUAUUGUUUUUCCUGUACUGGACAUCAUGAGGCUGUCAGUGCGCCAUCCGCAGGUUAAUGAGAGCCUGUGCGGGGAGGCGGAGGGAGUCCAGCUGUGCAACCACCUGCUGAACCUGAUGAGGCCCGACGGACGCCCCGCUAACCAAAUGCUGGCGCUGCGGACUCUGUGUAACUGCUUCAGCGGCAGGCACGGCCGCGCCCUCCUCAUGGGCCAGCGAGACAAGGUGCUGUCACGUGCUGCUGAAUUGGCCUCUGUCUGCAACAAGAACAUCCAUGUCGCCCUGGCCACGCUGGUGCUGAACUACGCCGGCUGCCUGCACAUCCAGCCCGACCUGGAGGCCAAGGCGCAGUGCCUGUCCGUGGCCAGCAGGGCUCUGGAGUGUGUGCAGGACAAGGAGGCUGUGUUCAGGCUCUUGGUGGCUCUGGGCACCACCGUGGCAUCAGAUCAGAUGGCUCAGGACUUGGCUCGCUCCCUCGGAGUCAACGCCCAGAUAUCAAAAUACUCCACCAUGUCUGAACCGCUGAAGGUGGGCGAGUGUUGCCAGCUACUUUUAGAACAACUACAAUGAUUAGAAUGAAGAUAAAUGAACUUUUUUUCUUCUACACUUCUGGUCUGCUGGAAAUAAUUGUAGAUACUGCAAUAAAAAAACAAAAACAAAUGACA